UGACCACUGGAGGAGACACGUUGUAACUGGACAACGAAAGAAGAAAAAAGGAAGACGAAGAAGUCCAACUCGGAAGUUACAGUAUUUAUUACUCUGUUCUUGCAAUUUAUCACGCAAAUCUUUUUAACUCUUUACAGCCGAUCCCUCGAAAUGGCUGAAGUGGAGGAGACUCUCAAGAGAAUUCAGGCCCAGAAAGGAGUUCAGGGGCUCAUCAUCGUCAACUCGGAUGGGAUUCCCAUCCGCUCAACGCUAGACAACACCAGUACGGUGCACUACGCCGGCCUGAUCCAUCAGCUGGUCAUGAAGGCGCGUAGCACCAUCCGUGACAUCGACCCGCUCAACGACCUAACGUUCCUGCGACUGCGAUCCAAGAAGAAUGAGAUCAUGAUCGCACCAGAUAAGGACUACUUCAUGAUUGUCAUUCAGAACCCGUCAGACUGAAGACCAAUGACCACUUUCCUGUUUUUAGCAUCGCAAAGAAGAAAACGUGAACAUGUCACUUUGAUCAGCAACUUAUUUCACUAUUUUUUUCCUCCUUUUGUUGCCAGAUUGUUAUUGUCAGCAUCAAAUGUUUCCAAUAAAUGUUGUGAACAUUU